AAGAAGCUAUUGCAUCAACAUUCAUCCUAAACUUAUUAUUCAUCUCUUCCCUUCUUGAGCUUACUUGCUUUGUUUCCACCUACAUAAGUUUACUUUGCUUUAAUUUCCUUUUUCCUUCAGUUGGCAACGCAUAUUAGGUGCAGCAAUGGCUACAACUUUCACAGUGCCUUCAAUGAUAAUGGAGGAAGAAGGUCGAUUUGAAGCAGAGGUAGCAGAGGUGCAAUCAUGGUGGAACACUGAGCGAUUUAAGCUAACUCAUCGCCCAUACUCGGCCCGAGACGUAGUAUCUCUUCGUGGCAGCCUGAGGCAAAACUAUGCAUCAAAUGAUAUGGCCAAGAAGUUAUGGAGGACCCUUAAGAGUCACCAAGCUAAUGGCACAGCCUCUCGAACUUUUGGUGCUUUGGACCCUGUCCAAGUUAGCAUGAUGGCUAAACACCUCGACACAAUCUAUGUCUCAGGGUGGCAGUGCUCCUCCACCCAUACUUCUACCAAUGAGCCUGGCCCUGACCUCGCUGACUACCCCUACGACACAGUCCCUAACAAGGUGGAACACCUCUUCUUCGCGCAGCAAUACCAUGAUCGAAAGCAAAGGGAGGCUCGUAUGAGUAUGUCUCGCGAGGAGAGGGCUCGUACACCUUAUGUGGAUUACCUUAAGCCUAUUAUUGCUGAUGGUGAUACUGGUUUUGGUGGUGCUACUGCUACUGUUAAGCUAUGUAAGCUGUUUGUGGAGCGCGGUGCUGCAGGGGUGCAUAUUGAAGAUCAAUCUUCGGUUACUAAGAAGUGUGGUCAUAUGGCUGGUAAGGUUUUGGUUUCUGUUAGUGAGCACAUUAACCGGCUUGUUGCUGCUAGGCUCCAAUUUGAUGUGAUGGGGACUGAGACCGUGUUGGUGGCAAGGACUGAUGCGGUUGCUGCUACUCUCAUUCAAUCUAACAUUGACACUCGCGAUCACCAGUUCAUCCUUGGGGUAACCAACCCGGCUCUUCGUGGCAAGGGCCUCGCAGCUAUCCUCUCUCAAGCCACUAAUGCUGGUAAGUCGGGGCCUGAGCUACAAAAACUGGAAGACGAGUGGCUAGCUGCAGCCAAACUGAAGACCUUCUCUGAUUGUGUAAUUGAUGCAAUCAAGGGGCUAAGUAACAUCAACGAGAUGGAAAAGACUAGGAGACUCAAUGAGUGGAUGAACCACUCAAAGUUUGAAAAGUGUUUAUCCAAUGAAGAAGCAAGAGAUGUUGCAGCUAAGUUAGGUCUCCAAAACCUGUUUUGGGAUUGGGACUUACCAAGGACUAGAGAAGGGUUCUACAGGUUUAAAGGGUCUGUAGAUGCUGCAAUUCUACGUGGAUGGGCUUUCGCUCCCCAUACCGAUAUAGUCUGGAUGGAGACCUCAAGUCCUGAUUUGAUGGAGUGCACCAAAUUUGCUAGUGGGAUGAAGGCGAAGCAACCAGAAACGAUGCUAGCGUACAACUUAUCGCCUUCGUUUAACUGGGAUGCGUCUGGAAUGAAUGAUCAUCAAAUGAUGGACUUCAUUCCUAAGAUUGCUAAGCUUGGAUUUUGCUGGCAAUUCAUUACACUUGCUGGUUUUCAUGCUGAUGCUUUAAUCAUUGACACUUUUGCUAAAGAUUUUGCUAAGAGGGGUAUGCUGGCCUAUGUUGAAAGGAUUCAAAGGGAGGAAAGGAGCAAUGGAGUCGACACUCUCGCACAUCAGAAAUGGUCCGGUGCUAAUUACUAUGAUCGCGUGCUUAGGACUGUUCAGGGUGGUAUCACCUCAACUGCUGCCAUGGGAAAAGGGGUUACUGAGGAUCAAUUUAAAGAGACAUGGACUAGGCCGGGAGCGAGUUCGGAUAUGGGUAACGGAACUGUGGUGAUUGCUAGGCCAAGGAUGUAAGGCGACAUCACAAGUAUGGGUGAAGAGAUGGGGAGGAGUUGAUAAAGAAAAGUAUGGAUAGUAAUAAUUGAGUACCAGUUCCAUAUCAAAUCAGCAGUUUGUUAAAUCAUUUUUCAAUUAUUGGCUAUAUGAUUUAAAGCCCAUAUUGAUUAGAAGGAAAAUAAUGUUCCAUGUUCCUAAGUAAUUUCCGAUUGUUUGGUUCUGUUUUCAAGUGUAAGAUGGAUAUUGGAAAUGCUAAGCCCAUGUAUGAUCAUUAUUACAUGUUGGCAAUUCGGAUAAACAAGUCUGAUUCGUGUUUGGUUUCGUGUU